AUAAGACGGACUCUGGAUUCUAUUGGAACUCAAUACGCAGCUAUACAGUUUUUUUUUUAGAGUCUGUUUCUUUUAUCAUGGUUAUGAUUAGACUCCUUUCCAAGAAUUCACCAAGUAUACGUACAGCUUAUAGUACGAUCUAUACACGACAUGUACACAUUUCAAAAUCAAUUGCUUUCCCUCGUCAAUUAAAUGCUACAGCACAGGUACCAAAGACACCACUACCCGUUUCUUCACAAUGGCCAGCUCAACAUGGAUUCCCUCAUGUACGAUAUAUGGGUCCUGUCUUGUAUGGCAUUACACUCUGUGCAGGUACUUUUAUGGUAGCAGGCACUGUAUUUGACCGUAAUCAACAAACAUUAUGGGAUCGUAUCCGAGCUCAUUCUCGACAAUGGUCCCUUUUUGGAAUAAGCGAUGAGUCAUUACUGACAGAAUUAUGGAAAGAAAAAAGGGACAUGAUAAUCGAAAGACGACGUGCAAUACUAGAGAAUCUUGCUCGACGCUUAGACAAUAUGCACUUACCUACAGACAUCAAACGUGCUUUAUGGAUGGUGGGCGAGAAACUGACAUCCAUGUCUGAAGCUGAAAAAACCCUGGCAGGACUGAUUGCGAUCAAUACAGUCGUGUUUGGUCUUUGGAAAGUACCUCGCUUGACUUCUUUGAUGAGUCAAUGGUUUUUGCAUCUGCCAGGCAGCAAAAAGAACAUCACUUUGUUGACCAGCUGUUUCUCUCACCAAGAGUUUUUCCAUUUUACAUUGAACAUGGUGGGUUUAUGGUCUUUUGGUAAGGUGGUGCAUGAUGCUCUUGGUAGAGAACAGUUUAUUGCUAUGUAUUUGGGUGCUGGUGUAGGUGCCAAUGUGAUCAGUCAUGUGUGUAGUCUGGCAUUAAGACGUUCAAGACCAUUGCUGCCUAGUCUAGGUGCUAGCGGUGCUAUUUAUUCACUUGUAGCUGCUACAGCCAUUAUGUAUCCCAAUUCAAGUAUUAGUUUGAUCUUUUUGCCCAUGAUUCCCAUUCAAUUAGGAUUUGCACUUCCUGCUUUAAUGGCCUUUGAUGCAGCUGGUAUUCUGUUUAAAUGGAGAAUGUUUGAUCAUUUUGCACACUUGGCUGGUGCUAGUCUAGGUAUUGGUUACUUGACUUAUGGUGAGCAAUAUAUUUGGACGCCUCUUAUUCGAAAAAUACACGAAUCUCGAUCCAGAAGAGAAGGUAAUGGUAGUGGAAGAAAUAAUGGUACUUUUAUGUGGACAGAAGCAAGACAACCCGAGCAGCGUAAUACAUGGUCUGGUUGGUUUAAUAAAUCAUAAAUUUUCAUUUUAAUUACAACAUCAAAAAAAAAUAUCGAUUGCAUUUUAGUACCGGUGCUCCCUAAACCCUACAAAAAGAAGUAGGUUGAGAGCCACAGUGUGGAUAGCAAACGCGGUUUUGUCUUUGGUGGUAGUGUUGUGUAACAUGCAAUUAGGCCGACAGAGUCAGUUCCGCACACAUCCACAAGCUUAAG